AUGGCCGUUGGCGCCCUUCUUGAGCCCUUGACAGUGGUCUCUUUGUUGUUCGGCGGCGCAUGGCUCAACAGAGACAAGGAAUACUGCUUCAAGGAAAGCCAAGCAACCUGGGCAGCCGUCGAUGGAGUUUUCAAGAAGAAUGACGAGUUUGGCAAACGGAACCCAUCACCAGGAAGCGUUGCAUCUUGGAGCUUUGACUGGAGCCUGUCCGCGUCUCCUACCCUGCUGGGCAAGCCGCCGAAAUAUCGCUCCCGAAAACUACGGCUCUUCGGCCACGAGACGACUGUAACCUCACCCAACACGCUCAUCUUUAAAGAUCGUCUUCUGAGCCGAGUGUUGCGAAAGUUUCCUUUUCUUGUCGAAGUUUGGUACUGGGCUCUCAUUUAUUGGGUCUAUCAGCUCGGCCGCGCCUUCACAGCGCUGACCAUGAUGGAGGAUACAGUCAAGACGGCUCGACGUCAUGCGCUCCAGGUCAUCCGCUUGGAACGACGACUCAACAUCUUCCGGGAACCGCCUAUUCAACAGUUUUUUCUGCGACGCCCUGCUCUGAUGCACUGGAUUAACCGCAUCUACUCCUUCAUUCACAUCCCGGGCACCAUACUCUUCUUGGUGGUGCUUUACUACCUUGCGACGGUUCCGAGGCAUCGCGCCGCGGCCACCGACCGCGUCGCUUUUACAAGCCCGGCCCUUUACGAGGCUCGGCGAAGAGCCAUGGCAGUAUGCAAUUUGCUAGCGUUCGCCAUCUUCACCUUGUGGCCUUGCAUGCCGCCCAGACUGCUCAGCGAUCCUCUGUACGACGGCGACAACGCCAGCGAAGCAAAAAGCUAUGGAUUUGUCGACACGGUACACGGCCCGGCUGGAGAGAGUAGCGUUUGGACAAGCAACAAGUUUUGUAACCAACAUGCUGCUAUGCCGUCGCUGCAUUUUGGCUACUCGCUACUCGUCGGGCUCACCAUUGCAACGCUUCCAACCACCGGGGCUCGUCCCGCGCGGUGGAAUCGGAUGGGCGUCGUCGCCCUCGGCGUGUCUUACCCGGCGCUCAUUCUGACGGCCGUUGUAGCAACAGCCAACCACUUUAUCCUCGACGCAAUGGCUGGUGGCCUUGUCUGCGGCAUUGCGUGGCAUUCAAACGAUGUAAUGCUGAAUCUGUGCGUGCUGGAGGAUUAUUUCUUGUGCAUGGUUCGAAUCCACAAGCCAGUCAACUCGACGGACACUGAAACCGCCAUGGACACGGAAUUCCAGAGUGGUCUGACAAGUCCUGCAUGA